ACACACCUACUGUCAAAAUAGUAAAUAUAACCUCAAAAUUUACAAGUGCUAGAAUCGAGUGAAUAUAUUUAUUAAACUAUUAGUUAUUUUCUUUAAUAUUAGUUAAAAUGGUGACUCAAAUAAUUGCUGGGUUAAAAAAUUUCUUCAUAUUCAAUUCUACAUUAGGGACUAAAGAAGGAGAGGAAUUGAAAAAAAUUCUUUAUUAUUACCCCAUAACAGAAAAUACGGAUAUCCAGAUUAAAAAUGUUGGUCUGGUUGAAGGAAUCAUACAAUUUACAGAAACUUUCAAACCAUCUUCUCCAGUUAGUUCUUUACAUACGAAUAGAACACGACAUUUGUAUUAUCAACCAGAAAAGAAUUAUUGGAUGGUUAUGACUUUACAAUUAAAUUAUGCCACAAAAGAAGGUUCAAAUGAUACCGAAGAUCUACAGGAUGAUGUCGAAGAUAACGUCUAUGAAUCUAUUUUAAAACAAGCUUAUCUUAUGUACAGAUUAUUUUGGAAUACUUUCGAAAGUGUUAAAGAUAUUGGGAAUUUAAAAAAAACUUUAGAAUUAUUUUACAGAGCCUAUAUACAAAAUAUGAAACUUGCUAAUGCGGAUAUAUUAAACAUAUUAUCCGGUAUUCAAUAUCUACCUUUAGAUAAACAGACAUUUCUGAAAGUACAAUGUUUCAUUAAUUGUUUAGAAAGUAAUUACGAGAUUAUAAAAUAUACUUCGUUUCUAUUUAACGAUCAUUUAAUAUGGAGCGGUGUCGAACCCACCGACAUGCAAAUAGUUUAUCAAUAUUUAAUAAACAAUCUUCUUCCCGCUAAUAUCGAAACAGAACUCCAAGGAGGUUCGAUUCCUCGUAAUUCCCCUUCUCCUUUCGCGGCUUUACGUCACGGCCGAUUCAUAACUGGCCCUUCGAAUCUUAAAUUAGCAAAAACUAUAGGGAAAGUACCAAAAGUUUAUUUAUUCGCUAGUGGGGAGGCUAGAGGUUAUCACCUAGUCGUUUAUAGGGUACUAAGUGCUACUAUAUGUCUUUUUAUUAAAGGAGAUAUUGAAUUGACGUUAGAUUUGUUUAAAGUGUUGGACGAAUUUUUGAAUUCGAAAUUGAUUUCUAUAGUGUCAGAUAUAGCGGAAUAUUGUUCGAAACAAGUUGUAACUCCUUCUGGUAGCACGGAUUCCUCUCCAAGAUUUAUAUAUUUCAAUAAACUUAAUCUGGCUUAUAAAAGUACGGUUCAUUUGGAUAAUAGACAGAGCGGGAAUAUCACUUGUCCAAAAGAAUCUAUGAAGAUUGCUGUGGAAAUGAAAGCAAAUGCGCCAUCUUUGGGGCAAUCUGGAGAAACUAUUGUUAAAACUAUGAACGAUUAUUGGGUGGUUAUGAAGGUGUCGAAUAAUAGGGAGUUUUAUAUAGCGUUACAACAGAAGAAUGCAAGUUUGAUUGAUAUCAGUGAGGAAGUUCGGAGGAUAUGUGAAACGGAACUGAAAGGAAUAUUUUUUCCCCAAAUGUAAAUAAAACACUAUAAAAAUACGUUUUAAAUAUUUUAUUAUUAAAAAAAAUAUAACAAAUAUAUAUAUACAAGUAAA